AUGGAUAAAGGGCCCUCAACGUGGAUUAUGGAGAUCCCAAGUUCAAGCAAGGAUAAACCGAAGGGCGUGGAUGUAGAGGGGUCGAAAGUGAGGAUGAUGGUUCGGAGGCUUUUCAAGACAUCCCCACGGCCUGCGGAGAAGCCUUCUUCGAAGUCGAUACCUAAUACCCAGAAGGGCGAGAAGGAUGGCAAACUCACUGGGGCAGCAGUUCUCAGCUUCAACAAGAGACCCACGAAGAACCUCAAACCAUCCGCACCCAUACCCCGAAAACCCACCUCCCAACCGCCCAAACCAAGUAUCGAAUCUCAACCCAUGGCAGGCCCCGUAACAAUCCCCCCACCGACCAGCGACCUCCCAACAUACACUCAGAAAGACAUACUCUACAAAGGCAAGGGCAAACCCCUCGCCUCAUCCCGCGACUCGAAAUUCAGCUCCAUCAGCUCCCUGCCCUCUGGAUUUUCCGUUAACCCCCCAUCUCCCACGCUCUCCUCCGUCACAACCACAUCAACAUCACCAGCAACAGCCUACACAACCCUCAACCCCCACGAGUUUGCCCAUCUGAACUCUCUCGUCAGGCGCUGCGCCCGCCGCCUCCACCAGCAGGACCUCCUCGCUAGCAACCUUGCCAAUAAUCUCCUGCACAUCUUCACCAGCAAGGAGGCGCAGCUGCAUGCCCAGAAGCAUCUCCGCCGCUCCGAGCAGCAGCACAUGCUGCAAACGCUUUUCCGCGUCCGGGAGCACUGCGGACGGCUGUUCCUACGCAAGGCGGCGUUCUCGCAACAUGCGUUCUCGGUGCUGGAGAGACUGAAGAAAGUAUCAACGGAGAGCGAGAGGGAUGCCAAGGCGCGGAUUCCAGAGGCGUGUACGAGUUGGCAGGCGAGCGAGGGAUUGCGCUUUGUGGUGUGUAGGGAGGCGGUGGGGGAUUUUGUCAAGGAGAUGGCGAGAGAUAGGCAAUUUCAGACGGGGUUGGACGGGGAUAUACAGAAUUCCAUCCUGGAGUGCGCGAGGGAGGGGAGGUGGGUUGCUGGUGGCGGUGUAGGCGAGAAAGUUAUGAUGGGCCGCUUUGUAGGGUUUGUUGAGGCGAGGGGACGGAAGUUGGAGGAGUAUUAUGAUAUUUUGGAAGUGUUGGUCAAGCAAGUCGAGGAGGCUGUGAUGAGGGAGAAGAAGGGUGAUUUGAUGUGGGUUGAAGCCUGCCCGAGUUGGGUUCGCUAG